UGACUCGCCCUGCUGAGGCCCCCGGAGCUAAUUACGGUCGGCUAGUUUGUGUGUGUGCGUGCAUUUGUGUGUGUGUUUUCUAUGCCAGUGGGUCCAAAAUUCAGACAUUUGACACACCUCUCGGUCACCAGUUUUCCCAACGCAUACAAAUGCUCAGUCUUGGUACACUUCUUUGACUUCUUCUUUUCUACCAGGCUCCCAUCACCCAGGUGAAUAAGAGCACGGUGAGAACAGCAGAACCUCGACGGUAAGACCACCCGGCCUCAUGUCUGCCCCGGCUCCAGCCACUCGGAGGUCUGCGUCUGGCUCUCGCCGAUUCAACCCUCUGAAGGCACUGCAGCCCAAACGUCGCUUGCAGCAAAUACUGGCCUCCUCGCCCGUCCCGGUCCCCAGGCCGGAGUCCGGGUCGGGGGCGGCCGCACCAGCUGCCACGGCGCCAGUAGUCAUUCCAGUGCCGGCGCCCCCUGCGUUUGACUAUUGCAGGUUCAUAGAGCUAGACUACGUUCCAAUGGAGACAGGUUACAUGGUGUCAAUGCGCCCGACUAAAGGCUAUGCAUCCACUGCAAAAGGACACACCACCACCAAGUCUCCGGACCGGCAUAGUCGUCCAACAAACUCCCCCUCUACCCCUCGUUCCCGGCGGUCACCUGCAGCCCCCAGUAUCAGAGAUCCUUACGGCAAUGCCUCCCUCAGUAGCAGCAGCAAUUCCGGCUCUUGUAAAGGCAGCGACUGCAGCCCAACCAAAGGACGUCACCAGAAGUACAUAUCAUGUACAGACAACCACGGUAUUCGGCCUCCACCACCAGAACAGUACCUUACACCUCUGCAGCAGAAAGAGGUGUGUAUCCGGCACCUGCGGGCCAGGCUAAAAGAAACCAUGAACACACUGCAAGACAGGGACACAGAGAUAGAUGAGUUGAGAGAAAAGCUUUACAGGAUGCAGGAGGACUGGGUGGAAGAGGAGUGCCACCGCGUGGAGGCUCAGCUAGCCCUGAAGGAGGCUCGACUGGAAAUCCAGCAACUCAAACAGGCCGUGGACACAGUCCGUGACAGGUUAAGCGAUGCUGGAGGAUUCAGUGGAGACAUAGGAGUCCAAAAGUACUUUCAAGACAUCAACACUCAAAACCAUAAGCUUGAGAACCUCUUGCUCAACAUGGAGUUAGCUCAGGUGGGAUUAGUCAAGGAGGGGGAAGCCAUAGCAGGCCGUCGGACCCGUGUUGGGGGUUCAGCACCAGCGUCAGUGUCUGGGGAAAGUCCAGGGGGAAUACCACAGCCAGCAAUAGGAGGAAGGGGUUCUUGUUCUUGUGAUGCUUCACCAGCCCGUUCUCUGACCCGUAGCUCCACCUACACCAAACUGAGUGAUCAAGCGGCUAACAAAAAUGGCAGUGGCGUGGAUUUUCCUUGUCUUUCAGCUGACGGCACGCAGGACAGUGGCUUUGUGUGCUGCGGGGAGAACAGUAGUGUCCCGAGUCGGGCCGACUUGCUCCUAGAGGCCGCCUACCUCUCAGAGGAAACAGCAUCAUUGCUCAACUCCUACGCACAAACGUUUUCCCACACCACACCCAAUUCUUUACCUCAUAUGUACUCCCAAACCUUACCUCAUUCUUUCCCUCACAAACUGUCACACUCAGUACCCCACACCAUGCCACACUCUGCCACCUAUGAGAAGCUGUGCUCGGGCGAACGUCUGUCAACAUUUCGUUGCGGUCCAGGUGGAGGUGGCUGCAUGAGCCACCCCUGCUUGUCACACCAUCACCUGUACCUGCACCCUCUACGUGAGACAGGCAUUCAGACCGAGAGCUGUCCCAUCCCAGCAACAUCAGGUUGCCUGUCAGACUUGGAUACGAUUGCUGAACAACGUACUUUCCGAUCCCAAGCCUGCAGCCCAACUUCAACUUGGAUGUCCGAUGAAGGAGAAGAAGAUAUAGACUCAAUCACCACGACCACUUCUGUAACCAGAUCAACAGUCAUGAGCAUAGCCACAGAGCCAAUUCCAUUCUCCAAGAUGCCACGAGUUAAUUCCAUACCACGUUCUGCCACUGUGGCCUGUUCCAUGGAGAGUCCUUUGUAUGAAGGCAAGGAUUGCACAAAGGAAGUUGCAGAGCAAGAACCUGAUGCCGUGGAUAAUCAGAGCACAAUAGCAUUAGUCCAACCAACAGAAGUACAGCUAGAGACGGAGGCAGAAAAACUGGUGGGAAAUCAGGAAGAAUCGAAGGAAGUAGCAGAAACAAAGGAGGGUCUAUGGAUUGUAGAGGACAGACCAGGUGGAAACCCACUGGAAACAACCAAAAGUAACAACAUCCAACAAACUGAUGUCCAAAUUCAGAUACAAGCUCCAGGAUGGAGCCCAUGUAGCCCAGAAUCCCCACAAGACGUAGAGCAACCUUACAUCUGCCAGCCAAAACGAUCUAUUUCCCACGAGGAGGGAGCCGGUGUCAUUGUUUUGGGGGUGGAAGACAGCGAUGAUGACGAGGAGUCAGAAACUGAAGAGCAAGCCGAUGGUGGUGCAGCAGGAGAGGAAGCAGAAUCCACUUCUGCUUCUAAGCCAGUGCAGAAAAGCUAUUGGAGUCGUCACUUUUUGGUGGAUCUGCUAGCAGUGGCAAUCCCCGUGGUGCCAACAGUGGCAUGGCUGUGCCGGGGUCCGGUUCGAGACAGACAGCCCAUGUACCACUUUGGGUCACUGCUGAGGGGCUGCUGCACAGUGGCCCUGCACUCGUUGCGCAGGGGAGGGGGGCUGAGGCAUUACCCAGCGGGCGGGGGGGACCUUGGUGGAUCUCAGAUGUGA